CCUCCUCCUCUCUCUCUCCCCUCACUUUUUUUUUUUUUUCCUCUCUCUCUCUCUUCUUUUCGCACCCUCCCCUUCUCCCCUCCCCGCUCCGGGCGGCAGCGCAGCGCCCGCUCCCCGCCGGGGUGGCGGCCACCGGCGGGGGGGGACAAGCUCCGUGCCCAGCCGUGCCCAGCCGUGCCCCCUGCCCUCGCCAUGCCCAGAGCCUUCCUGGUCAAGCGGCGGAGCCCGCAGCCGGCCGUGCGGAGCUGGGCUGGGCUGCCCGACGAGGAGCGAGCCGACACCUACAUCCCAGGCGGCGUCGGCUGCGUCCUUCUGGGCUACGAAGACAGCUGCAGCCUGGAGAGCAGCGGCAGCAGCGGGACGAGGGACGCCGAGCCCAGCGACCCCCCGACACCGCAGCCGGCCCCCGCCGACCUGGGCACGGCCGGGGGGAUGCUGCUGGACCUGGCCGUGAAGCGCCCCGUGGUCAGGUCGAAAAUCAAGUUCACCACGGGCACCUGUAACGAUGCCACGGUGCACUCCUGCGAGCUGUGUGGCAAGGGCUUCCGCCUGCAGCGCAUGCUCAACCGCCACAUCAAGUGCCACAGCCAGGUGAAGAGACACUUGUGCACCUUCUGCGGGAAAGGCUUCAACGACACCUUUGAUCUGAAAAGGCACGUCCGGACCCACACUGGAAUUCGUCCUUACAAAUGUGAGGUCUGCAACAAAGCAUUCACCCAGCGGUGUUCCCUGGAAUCCCACCUGAAGAAGAUUCACGGGGUGCAGCAGCAAUAUGCCUACAAACAGAGGCGAGAUAAACUUUACGUCUGCGAGGAUUGCGGCUACACCGGCCCCACGCAGGAGGACCUGUACCUGCACGUCAGUAGCGUUCACCCUGGCAGUGCUUUCCUGAAAAAGACCUCAAAAAAACUGGCGGCAGUCUUGCAAAACAAACUGAGCCCUGUCCUGCAGAGGAACUCCAAAGACGACGACAAGGACGAAUAACGCGGUGGAUUACAGUGGGCUGCAGGAGUGAAGUUUACAUGUAGGACUACGUUUAUAUUAUUAUUUUUUUUAAAAAAACAAUUUUGGAAGAAAUCCCUGACAGAAAGGGGAUGCUUUUGUUAACGGGACUCUAUUGAUACUGGCAGAACCUCAACUUGAAAGAAAUAUUGCUGUACGUGAUGCAAACAUCGGACUUCCGUCUGGUCAAAAAACCAAAAGACUGGAAAGAGCGGUCACCUCACCUACUCGACGGAGUCUUUACUGAACUGGCAUUCAGGUGACCUGCUUUGUUUCAGCUCUGCUACACAUCCGGAUGGCUGCUGACCACUAAGUUUGCCGUUCCCCAGCGCGUUUCUUACAGAUGACAACAGUUACCUCCUGUAAAAAUUGCCUGUGAGAGGUUUGGGUGAGAGGGGCCGUGUAAGAGCAGCUACACGUACAUUGUUCUCAUGUGCACAAGUAAUUAAAACAGGCUUACAACCAGGAACACACUGUAUCGGUACCUAAGUUUAAAUGUGCAAAUAACCUUUACUCUGACCCCCCUGUGCAGUAAACUAAUGAUUUCCAGAACCGUGAUCCAAGGUGAGCUCAAACUUUAUUUAAAAGGACGCAGAACAUUUUCCCCUCUUAAACUUUCUCUUCUAGCAAGUAACAUUCCAGGGCAGCCUUACGGUCACGUUCUAGGUACUUUAAGCUGUGAACUCCUUUUAUCAUAUUUAGAUUUAAGUGUGUAACCUUAACUCUGGCUGUCCUGGACUUGUUACGCACGCUUUGGGGAUUAUUACCACAUCCUCUUAACAUACAUCAGUACCAAGCCAGAAACUCAAAGAAAACACUUUAAUGACUUGAAGAUUUCUAUUUUCUGUCACGUUGAAAUGCAUUUUUGUGUGUAUUUUA